AAAGUGACAGCAUUGUUUGGCGUUGUUGGUUGUUUUUGUAUGGAUUAUUCUUGGACAAAACGAAAAUCGAAAAUCAACUAAACUACCAAAUAAAUCGAGUCAAAUCAAAUAUUGAAAUAAAAGAAAUAACAAAUACGAACUUCCAGCAUGGCAGACGACUUCAUUCCACUAAACCAAAGCACCCCUGUGCAAGCAAGGUGGCAAGGCCAAGGCAAAACCCAAAAUAAUCAGAGUGGAUAUCAAAACAAUUGGCAACAAAGGAACCAGCGGCGACGUGGACAAUAUAACCGAUGGGGAAAUAACUCUCAAUAUAACAAUAGCUUUGGGAGUGACUGCAACAGCAGUAGCUAUGGCCAUGACAACAAGAGCAACAUCGAUCCUUACCUGCAUCCGUCCAUGUUGAAAGACCCAUGGGAACACUUGAGGCAACAAAAACAAUGACAAGGCUAGACCAUUAAAAGUUUAUACUAUAAGGACUGCAUAGUUUUAAACAUAAUUUUUAAGAUUGGUGUAGUUAUUUUAUUUAAUGAUGACUAUGUUUGAGUGAGUGCACACAUACUUAUUGUUAUGGUGUGGUUGGCACUCAGUCUCAAUCGCAAUAUGGUUUACUAUAGGCACAAAUGUGUGAAUGCUUGUGGGUAUAUUUAUUACUGCACCCAAGGCUGAACUGUCAUCAUGAAAUAGAACAUCUUUAUCUUUGUUUGCAUAUAAAUUUUAAAACUGAAGGCUUAUUGGUGGAGAGUUGAAGGGAAGUGUAAUGUUUUCUAAAAUAAUAUUUUAAAUAUUAUUUCAAAGUAGCUUUAUUCUCGUGAAUUUGUCCGCAUGGACUAUACAAAUUUCAAACCCCUAUUUCACCCCAUUAGGGUUUGAAUUUUUAAAAAUCCUUUUUUAGUGGAUUACAAAUUCAUAAUAGCUAUCUGCAUGCCGAAUUUCAGCCCAAUCCGUCCAGUUGUUUUUGCUGUGCGUUGAUAGAUCAGUCAGUCAGUCAGCUUUUCCUUUUAUAUUUUUAGAUAAUGUAAAAAUUAUCUGAAGCAAAAUUACUUUAUUCAAAAUAAGUUUGUAAUCAAAUCUGCAAGACUGUUGGCAAUAUUAUGUCUUUGGGAGCCUAUUCUUGUACUAUUUAUUGACUAUGACAGCCAACAAGCAUUUUUGUAGAGUCUUCUGCUCUUGCACAUUUUGUAUUUUUUAUCUUACUGCGAAUUUUAUACCCCAUGUAAUAUGAAUGUAACAUAAUAUGGUAUAAUGUCAUCGAACCAUAUUUAUGUUUAUAAAAUAAAAUAAUUAAUGUGAUUCUGUAAAUAAAUAGUUAAGUUUU